AUGUUCUUUCUUUAUUUUCUUUUCUCUCCGCGUAUUUUUCUUCUGCCCGUAAAUUUUUAUAUCACCCGUCCUUUUUUUCCAUCUUUAUUCAUAGCAACGUUUUGUUGGGUUACAAUAAAUUUACUUUCAUGCCUGCCCAUAUCUUUUACAUUGUUUUCUUUCUUUUCUUUUCUUUCUUUUGAUUUCUUUCUCUAUUCUCUCUCUUUUACUUUCCCUAAUACUUUCUCACAAUCAUUUUCCUUCCUCACGCUUUAUGCCACUCGCCAUCUCAUUCAAUCCUUUUCUCUUCCCUUCCACAUGUCUCAGCUAUUUUACCCACUCUGUUUCUCUCCGCUUGUCACUCUCUCUUCCCUAUCUCAUCAUCAUCGUUACUCUCCAAUAUAUUCUCGCUUUCUGUCACACUUUCUGAUAUUCACCCAAAAUAAUUCUUCUUGUCCCAUGCCCUUCCUCACUUACGAUUUUUGUUUCUCCGUCAUAAUUAAUUACACUCUUUGGCUUAUACAAUAUUGUUUUGUUACAUUUUUUUUAUAUCUCUCCCCUUCUCUCUCUCUCUCUCUCUCUCUCUCUCUCUCUCUCUCCCUCAUUUCUAUGCCUUACUUUUUGCUUCUCAGUGAUUCAUUGUUACUCUCUAUCAAAAUCCAACUCAUUUGCUACGAAGGUUUUACAUCUAAUUUCCUUUCUUCUUUCAUGUAUGUUCUUGCAUACCUUUUCUUUCCCUGUUUUUUACCUUUUGCCUUUUUGAUAAUUUUCUCUAUUUCUAAACUUUCACUUCCUUCUUGUCUUUUCUCUCUGCUUAUUCUUCAAAAUAAUACUUUUCCAUGCUUUCCUUCUUCAUUUGAUUGUCCUUUCUUUAUGAAAGCGAUUUUCUUUCUUUCCCUCUGUCGUAAAAACAUCUGCCCAAUGUUGAAAUUUGAUGUGUGUAGAAUUAUUUGCAUUAUUCGGACGAGUUUCUGUCCUGACGGAUCUCGACAGCUUCUGGCCUCGGCAGCUGUUUUCUUGAUCCUUUCUGGCCUCGAUCAGCAAUUAGAAAAAGUUGGUCCACUUGAACGUUCGAGGCCCCUCACCAACUCCAUAUAG